UAUGUGAUUGUCGCACGCGCCUCUGGUGAGAAGCCUGGAUACGGCAUACUGGGCCCCGUGAAAGAUGAGAUUCUGAGCCGCGUGCCGGACUCUACAGCCACGGCGGUUUCCUACCCGGCCACCAUCACAGAUCCGCCGUACACAGAGAGUGAGCCGGAGGGCGUGGGCAACAUGACGGAGUUGGUGAAGGCGUAUGGUGAUGCGUGCCCGGAUGGUCGGAUGGUGUUGAUGGGCUACAGCCAGGGAGCACAAGUUGUGGGCGACGUCCUCCUCGGAAACAAGAUUGAUUUCUUCCCGAUCACGCAGCCGAUCGACGAGAAAUACCGCAACCAAGUUACGGCUGCAAUUCUGAUGGGCGACCCGACGUUCGUCAAGAACGAGCCUGUAAAUGUGGGCAACGCAACCAACGUCUCGACAUUCCCACGUCCGAAUAACGACUGGGAAGAGUUGGGCUUGGUCGGCCGUGUGCAAAGCUACUGCGAUGCACGCGAUUACUUCUGCGACCGCGGCGACAGCGUGGAAAUUCACGUCAGCUACAUCGGCGAGUACGGCACUACGGCGGCGGACUACGUUGUUGGCAAGUUCAAC